GGCGAGCACUGGUCUCGGUUCAACCCCGAACCAAACCGAAUUGGCUUGGAUCGACCGGUUUAAGGACAGUUCCAAAAAGAACCGAUUUGGUUCCUGAUUCCAAAAAUCUAGAACCGGCUAGAAUUGAUUCGGUUUUUGGUUCCAAGGCCGGAACCGCCAAUUCUACCUUGGUAGAAUUGGUUUUUCACCCAAAAUACAAGUAUUAACACACCCACAAAGAAUAGUGACAAACAUCCUUCAGAAUGGCUAAGCUGAAGGAGAAGCCAAUUGAGGUGGAGUGUUGGGCAAGCUGAUUGACGACCUCUCCCAAAUGCUUGCUCUUCCGUCUGCUUCCCCACCUGUGUUCAUUCCCUCUAUGAGCGCCCCACUGUUGCAUGCCGAGGUGUCCAGGCCCUUGGAGCUAUCCAAGUAAGACCUAGCCUUAGCUUGCAAUUGGAAGCACCAGAACAUGCUCCUCCAUGUCGUCACUAUAUUAGCGGCACUGAUUUCAGGAAAAUUGUGAAUCUCCUCGAUGGCGACACUUCCGUCAGGGACAUGAACACAAAUCACUCUUUAGCUUGUAGGGCAGGAUGUAAAAGCAACUUUGCCUGUCUUUCUGCACCUCUUUCUCUCUCAUUGUUGUUUUCUUUUCCUUCCUGCUAAAAAAAGUUCAAUCCACGAUCCCUCAACCUUCAAGAAGAAGAUUUUGAUGUGUAACUAUCCAGAACUCCAUUCUGUAAGGCAUCUCUGGCCUUAUUGCUGUUCGUAAUUGACAUUUGGUCAUUGCACAAAAUAAUAAGCACAUUUCUCCACUUUAUCCACCCCACCCGAACUCUGUCAGGGAGUUCUCUAUUGAUCUCUCCUCCUUUGGGUACAAGUUUUGCCGAGGUUUUUGGAGGGCAGGUAGGCGGCAUCAUUGCUGUUUUUGGGGAAGAUUUGCAGAUUCAUUCUGCAUAAUUUCCUGGGAAAAACUCAAUUGCAUUUGUUCCUGAGGCUGCUUUACUUAGUAGAUGAGUGAAGUCUUCCACAUUAAAUUGCUUGAAGCAUCCAAUAAAGCUGUCUUUUAGUGAGCUUUAUUAUGUGAGCAUCCCCGAUCUGCCUAAUAGGCAUCAAUUACAUGGUGGAUUGAUCCUUGAUUAUGGCUGAGGAUAAGCAGAUGGAGUAUUUUUCUGCACAACAGAUGACAAAAAGUAGUAAAGCUUAUGGACUGGAGGAGAGUAUUCUGGAAAAGAGACAGGGUCUUGUUUCAGAAGGUUUACAGGUUGGGCUUGUGGAUAUGGGGAGUCAAUCUUGCUCAGACAUUGUGGAUAAUGAAGCGCAUUGCUCUAAGACUCUUGAAAUGAAGAGGUUGGGGAUGCCUUCUGAAGAUCCAUCCCAGGUAAAGAAUAUUGCAGUAUCUCCUGAAAAUGUGAUAGACAAUACAAAGAGCACUGAAAUUGGAAGUGCUGGAGAAGAUAUUGGGGAAAGCAUUCAUAAGUUCGAUUCAAAAUGUAUAGAUGGUGCACAUUCCCUCCAAGAAAAGAAGUGUCAACUUGGCGUUGAAGGAUCAACAAAUAUGCCUUCUGGCCAUGCCUUCUCUGAGAAUCGGAUGAAUCAGGAAGAUACUUAUGAAACGACACAUCAUUUUGGUUCCAGAUAUUCAGUUGGUCAAGAAGAAAGAAGACACACACUUGGAAUAAAAGAAACUAGUAGUCCAUUGUGCAGCUAUAUUACUGAGCAAUUGCACGAACCUUUUUAUGAGAAUUCGAGUUUUGAACACAGGAUGCUGCCUUCUCCAAACGUAAGAAUGAGCCAUGAAGCUGGAAGUGGUCUGUGCCCUAAACAUCUUGAAUCACAUGAGACCCAUUGUGGAUCUGGUAGUGUAAGCAAUCAAUUAACUGGCCUUGACCAUGUUAAAAAUGUAUCAGUUCAAGUGAGUACUAUCGUGUCUGAUAGACUUGAAACUGAAAGUACUGGAUUGCAAUCUAAUCUGGAGAUUGGUUCUACUGUUUUAGAACGUAUUGGAUUUAAUGGAGAUUCUGUUGUUAAUGAGCAGUUGCAAGUCCACAUUGAGAAACUGACCAAUGGCUUAAGUUAUGAUCCAUCGGAGUUGCAACAGGAGAAUCUUACGAGAAACUCCAACGGGUCAGAGCAUAGGGACAAAAGAACUUCUAAGAGAUUGAAAAAUAUGCACACAUUGAGGUCGUCACUUGACAGCAACAGAGUGCUUCGCUCGAGAUCAAAGGAUAAUUCUAAAGCUGAGUCUAAUGAUGAUGUCGUAAAGCCAUAUAGAGUUCUUCGCUCGAGAUCAAAGGACAGUUCUAAAGCUGAGUCUAAUGACGAAGUUGUAAAGCCAUAUACUGGUGAAGAAGUAAAAAGAAAGCAGAGAAAGGAGACGCGAGCAAGGGAAGCUAUCGCUGAUGAAUUUUCUAGAAUUAGGAAAAACCUAAGCUAUAUGUUAAACAGAAUUAGCUAUGAGAGAAGCUUGAUUGAUGCUUAUUCUGGUGAAGGGUGGAAGGGGCUAAGCUUGGAAAAGAUAAAGCCAGAGAAGGAACUUCAGCGGGCCACAUCAGAAAUUGGAAAACGCAAGCUGAGAAUAAGGGAUCUAUUUCAGCGGAUUGAUUCAUUAUGUGCAGAAGGAAAGCUGCCAGAAGCUCUAUUUGAUUCAGAAGGAAUGAUUGACAGUGAGGAUAUAUUCUGUGCAAAGUGUGGCUCGAAAGAUUUGACUGCUGACAACGAUAUAAUUCUGUGCGAUGGGGCUUGUGAUCGUGGGUUCCAUCAAUACUGUCUGGAACCACCGUUGCAUAAAGAACACAUUCCUCCUGCCGACCAGGGUUGGCUAUGCCCUGGGUGUGAUUGUAAAGUUGAUUGCAUGGACUUGCUGAACAAAUCACAAGGAACAAAUCUUUCUAUUACCGACAGCUGGGAGAAAGUUUUUCCUGAGGUUGCAAUAGCUGAAAAUGAUGAGGACCCAAACUUAGGUCUCCCUUCUGAUGACUCGGACGAUGCUGAUUAUGACCCAGAUGCACCUCAGGCUGAUGAAGAUCAGGGAGAUGAAUCUGUUUCUGAUGAAUCUGGAUCUAAUGUUGCAUCUGAUAAAUUGGGGGCUGCUUUAAAAGAUGAUUGCUUGGGUCUGCCUUCUGAGGAUUCGGAAGAUGAUGAUUUUGAUCCUGACGCUCCGGACAGUGAGAAGGUUAAGGAGGAAAGUUCCAGUUCUGAUUUUACCUCUGAUUCUGAGGAUUUUGCAGCCACCGUAGGAGGUGUAGUGGAUGAGGUUAAUUACUACGGAGGUGGUGGUAGAAUAAGCUCUAGAAACAGUUUCGAAAAUGAGGAAAUCAUGAAGGGGGAACUGCGAUCUUUGAUGGAGGGAGAUGCUGACAAAGAUAUCUCUGUCCACAUGCCUGGGAAAAGACAUGUUGAGAGGCUGGACUACAAAAAGCUCUAUGAUGAGGAAUUUGGAGGAGAUAAAUCUUCCGAUUCAAGUGAUGAUGAAGAUUGGAGUGAUCAAUUUGGAGGAGAUAAAUCUUCUGAUUCAAGUGAUGAUGAAGGUUGGAGUGAUACUGUUGCACCAAGGAAAAGGAAGAGAGGUGCUGAUAAGGCUACUUUGGCAUCAAACAAUGGAAAUUUCACCAGUGGAGAUAAUAUAAAGCACAACAAAAAUGGGACUGAACUGACUCCAAGGAGAAGGACAAGUAACAUGAUGGAUUCCCCAGGUACUAGUAGUAUUACAGCCAAACCACGUAAAAGCUCUUCAACACCUGGAUUGACUGGUGGAAGAGCUCGAUCAUCAACUAAUAGAAGACUUGGAGAGGCUAUAACUCAGAGACUCCAAGAAGCCUUCAAGGAAAAUCAUUAUCCAGAACGCGCUGCAUCAGAGAAGUUAGCAGAGGAGCUAGGAAUUACUACUCUUCAGGUGAGGAAGUGGUUCGGCAAUGCUCGCUGGUCCUUCAACCACCCAAGUGGUAGGAAAGUGACAGUGUCUGCUAAAGAUAUGAGAAUGGAAAGCCCCAUGCCUCAACCCAAUACUGGACUUAGUGGCUCAGCUACGGAAAUGAUUACGGAUGAUGCCCCUAGUAAUGGAAUACCAAAUGCCGAACCUAGUGGAGUUGCUUCCAUACCGGAGUGCAUUUACAAGGAUGUGAAGGACAGCGAAGUGGGAAGUCCACAGACGAAUAAAAGCUACAACAGUUCACUUCUUCGAAAGAGAAAGGAAAAGGGAGAUAACGUGGUGUCAGGUUCGGAUCAAGUAAAUCAAGCACAGGCCAUUGAAGAUGAUUCAGCUAAAGUGUCAGAGCCUCAGGCUAGCAGCAGAAAACAGACCAGAAGCAAAUCAAAGGCUUGACGAAAUUGCAAACUUUUUGAGCCUCUGGAGAGUUCUUCCGGUUGAAAUGCUGGGAAAGAUGCCCUAUUCAACAGUCCUGCAUGCAAAGAUGACUUUUUCCAUGAGGGUAAACUGUCUCUUGGUUUCCCGGUUUAGGAUUCGGAAUAGCUCCUUCAGUCACCAUUAACCGUUGUCUCAGGAGUCCUAGGUUUUCUGAUCCUCAGUCCUUUGACCGUCAUUGUCUGAGCUGCUGAUUUUCAUCGUGGCAAUUGCUUUGUUCAAUGGCUGGUUAAGGCAAGAUUGCGGCCAACUGACGUUUUCUAUGAGGAUCUUGUCGGUGCAAUUGCCCCAUUGUAGGUGCCUGCUUGUUUCUUGCGAGAAAAUUAAAUCCCAUAGGUGGAUACCGCAUGUCUGAUGUACAACCGGGGAGAGCUACCGGAGAGUCUUGGACCGAGAAGAAUCCGUCCUCGACGAUGAGCUUGUAAGUUGUAACAUAGCGAUGCCGCCUAACGUUACAUUGUACUCCAUGGACCACCUGAGAAUUUUACAUUUGUACUCCAUGGACCACCUGAGAAUUUUACAUCUAUUGCAUUCGAUGUAUGCAGUUGUCA